AUGUCAACAAAGCGUGGAAAGGGAGCCAUUCUUCAAUGGUGCCAAAAAGUUACCCAAGAUCGUGGUAUUGAAAUUAAGAACUUUACCACUUCCUUUGCUGAUGGUUUGGCAUUUGCUGCCAUCAUUGAUAGUCAACGUCCAGAACUCUUACAAAACAUGGGACUUUCUUUCAAGACCAUCCAAGAAGACUUUGGUCGCAUGGAGAGACUUCAAUGGGCUUUCGAUCAAGCAGAACAAUUGGGUAUUCCACGUUUGUUAGAUCCAGAGGAUGUGAAUGAAGAAAAACCCGAUGAACGAUCCAUUGUCACUUAUUUGUCAGCUGUCUAUAAAUUCUUCAAAGAAGGACAAUCGAGUGAAACUUCACAACAAGGAGCAGGUACUGAAGCAGGAGCAUCAGAAGAACAACCAGCCGUAGAAAGUACAGAAACAACAGCAGAGAAUGUUCCACAACAAGAACAACCAGCAGUAGAAGUGGCAACCGAAGCAACCAUUGAAGAACCACCUGUCACUCUUCCAACUGUGACAGAAAAUGAAUUGACCGAACAAGACAAACAAUUAUUGCAACAAAAUAUUGACGCUGCUUCUUCAUCCAACAAUGAAGUUGUUUUGGAAGUGACAGCAGCUGUUCCUUCCUCCGAUGUUGUGAAUUUAAUGUCCGAUUCUACAGCUCCUGAACUUUCCACGACCGCAACUGCAGGAGGUGAAGAACAAUCACUCUCUGAAACAAACACUGAAGAUAUUAAGGAAGUUGUCACUUCACUUUCUAGAAAUGAUGAAGAUGAAACAGCAAUUUCAACUUCACACCGUCACAGAGAAACUACAUCUAGUCCAGUUUCAACAAGUAGCACUCCAAUGGGAUCUGCUGGACAAUAUGGAUCAGGAUCUGAGACCAAUCUUUUGGCUUCCAAGAAAAAUUGGAGUUUCGAUGACAGUGAUUCUGAAGAUGAAGAUGCUACUGUGAAAAAGUCUUCUGCUGCAUCCUAUGCCAAUGCUGAGCGAUUGAAUGAAUUGAGAGACAAGAUCGAACAACUUAAGGAAAAUGUGAGACAAGAACAAUUGGAUAAGGAACGUUUAAAGAGACGUGAAAUGGAGUUGGAAAAUGAACUUCAAAAGUACAUGCAUGAAUUGAAACGUGCUCAUUCAGAAAUUGAAGAAGUGAAAAUGGUUGCCAAACAAGAAAAGGAUUUGGAAUAUGAAGCUCGUCACAAGGUUGAAAUUGAAAAGUCCAACAUGUACAGUGAAAAUAGAAAGUUACAAGAACAAAUUUCUGAUUUGGAAAGACAAUUGAGAGAACAACAACAAGGUGAAAAGCAAUUGAAUAAGGAAAUUCAAAAAUUGCAAAGAACUAUUGAAAAGAUUCAAACUGAGAAGAAUAGUGAAUUGGAGGAUAAACUCAGAUUGGAAGGUGACGUUUCUGAUUUGAAGAGACAAUUAGCGACUGUCACUUCUCAAUUCAAGACUGCUCAAACUGUUAGUACCAACAGUGAGCUUGAAUUGCAAUCACUCAAGAACUUCUUUGAAAAGGAAAAGAGAAAUAGAAAGUUGCUCAAUCAAGAAAUUAAGGAACUUAAAGCUGAACGCGACUCAUUGCAACAUGAACUUGAGGAUACUCGUGAUCAUGUUCACAGACUCGAAUUACGUAUUAAGGAAGUUGAGUUGGAAAAGGAACAAGAAUCCAGAAAGUUGAAGGUUGAACUUGAUGAACGAGCUAAUAUCGACAAUCGUAUGAAGCAAAUUAGAAAGGACAUUACUGAUAUGAAGUACAAGCUUGAACAAGAGAGACAAAACGUCCUCAAUGUUGAAAAUCAAAAGAGAAAGGUCGAAGAAGAUCUUGCUGCUGCCAAUGCCAAGAUUGAACAAUUGCAACAAGAAUUGAGCUCCAUGAAGAGGGAAGUCAAGAAGGCUGAUCGUGAAGUUCAAAAGGCUGAAAAGAAGGCUGAGGCUGAAGAACAACGCAGCAAUGAGUUGAAGAUUCAACAAAAUCAAUUGCGUGAUGAAAUUCGUCAAUGGAAAGAGAAACUCACAAAGGCUGAAUUUGAGACUGAUAAGGUCAAGAGAGAAAAGGAGAGUCUUGAGAGAACCAUCAGAGAGUUGGAAUUACAACUUUCAUUCAAGUCGAGCAGUUUUUAA